UUAACAAACCCUCUUCUGGCUGUUGAGACACGCAACCGUAAAUGCACAGAAAUACUUGUAGACUGAACCCUGCAUUCCACAGCAUCCGUGGGGAAUUCGAUCUGUAGGAAGUGAUGGAUGACAUUAUUCAAACACACAGGCCUUUUGGAUGCAGCAGAAUCACAAGCAUGUAGCAGGGGUCAUGUGCCCAAUUAGAUGAAUGUUCCGGUCACAUGUUCACCAGCUAAUAAACAGAUGGUGACCCAGGACACCCUGCCCUGGUGACUCUGCUUGGAAGAAAGGAAUCACAUCGCUGAGUGGAGAACCUCAAGGCUACGUGCAGGCAGGUGACACAGAGGGCCCGGCUGUGCCUGCUAAGCCACUCCCACUGCCCAACAAGGAAACCUGCCCCGUGACCAGCACUCAGAGGAAUUCCGGCCUGGCAGUCACCUCUAACUUCCCUGCUGGGUGAAGGUUAAGGGAUCGCUGUGUGGCCGCUGAUGUCACACAAGCAUUUGUGACACCCUCCAUAUGCAUCCACACGUAUAUUCGUGGAUCAAGGAAGGAAAUGGGAUUCCUGUAUGAUUUCUGGAUUCAAGGUAACCUAGCAUGGCUGACCUCAGUGCAAGACCCCCUGGACGUCAUCAGCUCCCCUCCCCACACACAGCCCUCAAACUGCCAACACUCCCCUAUGCUGAGUCCCCCACCCCUCACCGCUGCAAAUAUCCCCCAAACUGUCAACGCCCUAACAAGAGACCACUCUUCUGUCAUUCAUAUUCCUAAAUACCCUUCUGGUCAGCACCGUCCCAGACUUCCCCUAUGAACAACCCUAAGAGCCCUAGCCUCUCAGCCACGCCCCCAAAAGUCUUCCGUAUCAGUCACCAACGCCCUGGCGCCCCACCCCCGUCACAGGUCCUCCAGCAGUCCUCCCCCGACCCAGUAGCCAGUAGCCCUCAAGACACCCCUGCCACCAGCGCCACAGCCCGAUCGCCCCCUGCGCCCCUAGUGCGGCCCCGCCCCCUGGAGCGGCGACCCUGCGGGCGGCGCCGGAAGCCCCGCCCCUGCCAGUUGCUAGGCUCCGGCAGCCGGAAGUCCCGCCUGCCGUGUAGUCGCUGCCGUCGUUGUUGUUGUGGUCGGUUCGCUGAACUCCGCGGCUCCCGAGAGCCGGCUGCGUCCCCUCGCUGCCGCCGCCAUGAAGUGGAUGUUCAAGGAGGACCACUCGCUCGGUGAUUGUGGAAAAAGUCUCAGGCUCCCAGAUUGUCGACAUUGACAAACGGAAGUACCUGGUUCCAUCUGACAUUACUGUGGCUCAGUUCAUGUGGAUCAUCAGGAAGAGGAUCCAGCUCCCUUCUGAAAAGGCGAUCUUCCUGUUCGUGGAUAAGACAG